AUGACAGGAGCAAUUACUGUCCUUAUAACUGGCGCUGCUGGCCAAAUUGCUUAUAAUCUUUCCAGUAUGAUUGCUAACGGCAAUCUCUUCGGAAAGGAUCAGAAGGUCAUUCUUCACCUUCUUGAUAUCCCGCAGGCCGCUGAAGCCCUUAAGGGCGUUGUAAUGGAACUUCAAGACUGUGCCUUCAAUGUUCUUGAAAAGGUGGUGCCUACAUGUGACCUCGAAGAGGCAUGCAGAGAUAUUGAUGUUGCAUUUAUGGUGGGUGCUAUGCCACGUAAACAAGGAAUGGAACGUCGUGAUCUCCUCUCCGUCAAUGUCAACAUUUUCAAACAGCAAGGACAAGCUCUCGAUAAGUACGCCAAGAAGUCCGUCAAGGUUCUGGUUGUCGGUAAUCCCGCCAACACCAACUGUCUCAUGAUGAGCAAAUUUGCUCCUUCCAUUCCAAAGGAAAACUUCACCGCCCUUUCUCGUCUUGACCACAAUCGCGCGGCCUUCCAAGUUGCCAACAAAUCUGUAGUUCCCAAUGAGUGUGUGAAGAAUGUGAUUAUUUGGGGUAACCACAGCAACAAGCAAUUCCCAGAUCUUGCCCAUGCUGUUGUUUGCAAAGAUGGAAAGGAGCACAAUGCCAAGGCACUCAUCAAUGAUGAGGAUUGGGUGAAGAAAGUCUUCACCCCCUGCAUUCAGAAUCGUGGUGCUGCCGUCAUCAACGCAAGAAAACUCAGCAGUGCUACUUCAGCUGCCAAGGCUGUUGUCGAUCAAAUGAGAGAUUGGUGGUUUGGUACCAAGGAUGGUGAGUGGGUCUCCAUGUCCGUCUAUAGUGAUGGAACCCACUAUGGUGCUCCAAAUGAUAUCUACUUCAGCUUCCCAGUCACUAUCGAUGCACAGGGACAUUACAAAAUCGUUGAUGGUCUUUCCAUGGACGAUUGGAGUAAGGAACAAUUCAACAUUUCUGGUGAAGAGUUGAAGGAAGAGAGAGCAGCUGCCCUUGAAACCUGCAAAUACAAACAUCUAUUUAAGAUGACCUUUACUGGUCCAAUUACUGUUCUCAUCACUGGCGCUGCUGGCCAAAUCGCCUAUAAUCUUUCCAGCAUGGUAGCAAACGGCAAUCUGUUUGGUAAAGACCAAAAAGUUAACCUCCAUCUUCUUGAUAUUGAGCCCGCUAUGACAGUUCUCGAGGGCGUUGUGAUGGAACUUCAAGAUUGUGCCUUUAGUGUUCUUGAGAAGAUUGUUCCAACCUCCAAUCUUGAAGUAGCUUUCAAAAACAUUGAUGUUGCAUUUAUGGUGGGUGCUAUGCCACGUAAA